GUUGGAGUGACACCAAUUCCGCCGCAGUUCCUCCGCCGCCAAAGACUCAAUCAAGUCUGCCACGGCCACCCUCAAUUCUCAGAAACAACUCUACAUUUGACGUUUCCCCAGACUCUUUGCGGCAACACCUGGCACGGCCUCCCGAAGCAUCCUCAUCAUGGCGGACAAUGGACAAGACUCCUCCGCCACACUAAGUGCUGUGUAUCACUCUCCAUCUGACGACAAAACCUUCCGUAUCAACAUCCCUUCAUCGGGCUUUGCAAACGAGCAUGUCUCCGAUCCACGAGCCAAGUCGACCUAUCUGGCAGACCUGAGGGCUGCAACCAAGAAGAUGCAGGAAGAGGUCAACAUAUUCCUCACGGAAAAAAUGGAGCAGGACAAGCAGGCGGCUGGCGAUGCAGGUCGCACAGUCGGCUCAAAGCAAAAAGCUGAUGACGAGCUUGAAGAAGAGAAUUACGGUGAAGAAGGCGUGGACGACGAAAGCUGAGGGAUGCCUGGAUCGGGAAACUAUACGCUCUAUUCGCGCGCGCUCUCUACGACGAAACGGGUAUCUCAACGCCUAACAACCGAGUGCUCGUCAGUCUGUCGCUAUCAGAGCCCCUGGCCUUUGCCCUGAAGCUGAUUCUGCUUGGCGACGGCACAUCCAAGAUGUACCACCGAGUUACUGGGACAUGUCAGUACGAUUUCAAACUCUGGACACGGACGCGAACUUACUCAGGAAACACACUGAUGACGCUGCCACCAAGACGUUUGUAGCAAACACCGCAGACGCGAUCCUCGUCAAUGCGAACUUUUCUGCCUCUGCCGCCGGUCGGAGCACCUUCUCCAAGCAUCAGAGCUGCUUGAACCCGAACCGCCUCUACUUUUCUCAACCCUGCAGUGAUGAUUGAAUCGUUCAUGGUGCUGUUUGCGUUGCGAAUUCGACCCCGAAAAUAGAAUUCGAGCUCCCUUACUGUCAGACCUUCGGGGAUCAUUUCCAACGUGGAGCUUGCGGGCAACCUGGGUCCGUGACGGGUCAUUAGUUCGAUGGCCGGGCCCCAAAGGGCUUUCUCUCCCUUGGGAGGGUUCAAGUACAGGUUUAGGAGGAUGUGGUAGAUUGAUGGCUCUUCAUCAACUGGAUCCGUCGUCGACUGUCGUCGCAACGAGACUUUCCUGUGGGUCUUGACUUUCUCUUCGAGAUAGAUCUGGUUGCAAUACUCCUCCGCCUUGGCCGGAUCAUUCAGUCUGAAGACAUAUAUCUCGAGGGCUUGUCUGUGGUUGCCCAUCUUGCUGAAGACAAUGGCUCUGGCCUCGUAAAAAAGUGGGUCAUCUCGAGGCAACAAGCCGAGUGUUUUGGCGGGAGAGUAUUGCUCAGAUGUUCUCAACAGAGUCAUCAACUUAUCGAGGACUUCAUCUCGGUUCGGGCAAGCUGGAUGUUGAAGCCGCUCAAGAUACAAGGUGACAAGAUGCUGGUGAAGCUCCGGCGUGAGGUCGUCUAACUCGUCAAUGACAUGUUCCAGAUACCUCUGGGCCAGUGCUUUGUCGAUGGAUUCGAGGAAGGCGAGGACCUUUUGGCGUGGCAGCGACUCCGCGUUUUCUGUGUCCGCCAGGAAAAUCUCCAUGGCCAUUCCCGGGUCAGUCUCAAGAGGCCAGCGGGCGAAUUCGAGGAUUAGGUCAAUGUACUCCGGCCCCAGGUUCUGUAGGUAUGACACCGUUCUCGCGGGUCCUUGUAGUCCAGUCUCAAUGUUUUCUGUCUCGUCGGCCUGUCCGAAUUUCUGAAGUCUCUCCAGUGCCUGUCUGUGAAGUCGUUUGCCGUACAGGAAUUCGAUGAGGUCGUUGUACCGCUCUGUUUCUUCGAGUUUGGCCCUCACGACAUCAGGAUCGCAGAAGUUCUGUAUACGGAAGAGGGAGCCUGCCAGUGAAGGGGUCGCAUACAUGUGUGCUCGGAACAGAGUGGUGUCCACAAGUCUCGCCAAUGACAAAAUCUUGUCGCUCAGAUCGACGUCGUCUAGCGAAGGGACUCCAAGCAGAUACUCAGUCACUUGCCGGAUGUCCUCUGACUGGGCACCGGCCUGAACUUCGGCGAGAGUUCGUACGGUUUGAUCUGGAUUGAAAAACCGUUGCAACCUGCGACGCACAUCUGCGAGAAACGCCUGAAGCUCGCGAACUGCCGUCUUGAGCUCUUUUUCUGAAAAGCUUCCUAGUCCGGAAUCAUCCUUCGACUUGGUGGUCUUGACGCUGACACUAUCUGGGUCCGCAGGAGGUGGCUUGGCCUCGCUGACACGGCUCGCUCGCGAUUCGGUUCUCUUGUGUUGCGGUCUAGGAUUAGCUUCGUUCUUUGGGGGUUCGGUAGACGGUCCUGCGUUCUCCUGCUCGCGUUUCGCCAGCUCUCCGGCUAUAAUCUGGGGAUAUAACUUGAUAACUCGCUCUGGGGGUGCGGAAACCUCUCCGAACAAGUCCAGCGCAUCCCGGAACUUCUUUUCAUCAAACAGCUGCUGGGCCUUCUGCAUCUUUAUUUCACGCAGUCGCCCAGCCUUGUUGUUAAUGAGUGUCUCCUCAAUCAUUUCCAGCAAACUGAUCGCUUCGUCGAGGGCGCCGCUAUCGACCAAAGCAUCGAUCUGCGCGUCGUAAUUGAGUCCCUGCAUUCUCCAGACCGUCCGCUCACUAGCGACGAAAAAUCCCUUGCCUUGAUGGGCUAAGCUGAUGCUGGGAUUCGGAACCUGCAAUAACACGGCACCGGGCAAAUCGAUCGACUGGAGCAGGGUGAGUGUCUUAGGAUUCCGAACCUCGAGGACACCUUUGCUGGUCUCUUGCAAAGCGAGCAAGUAGGGAUAGGAAUACCCUACUGCCUGAGGCGGUGUCCGCCAUGGGAUCUGCCUCCGUCCGAGCGGCUCCCCGUCUCGGUCGAUGAAAUGGGUGUUGAUGUCUUUUGCCAGUAGCAUCUCGUUCUCUCCCAAACCCGUGGCAAGUGGCGUAGGGAUCAUCGAGCCCAUUCCAAUGUAACUCAUGGUUCCACCAAGUCUGCUAGUCUCUUGACCAGGUGCACCACCUAUACUGCCUGGG